GCCCCAACAGUCUCCACUUCAUUAAACGACCCAGAAGGCAAGAUAUAAAGUGAGCGUCAACUGAAGAUGGACAGAAUGACUGUCUCUUCACUGAGUGGGAUGCGAACCCAGGACAUAUGACUUGAAAGCAAAGUAGCUGUAUACACCCUACUCAUUGUGAAACAAAAUAUCAUCGAUUUUUUUCAAUACUCAUGCAUGAUGCUCCUCAUGGAUUGCUAUGGAGGAACCCGCCAAAUCUUAAGCCAGAAGCUCCAUGAAAAGCUACCAGAAAACCACUGAAGGACUGAAGGACUCAAAACAACUUGUUUGUAAAGCGAUACCCAAAAGUAAGCGAGCUCCAACCGGGCUACCUCAAGCCACUAAGCCCACUCGCCGAGUAGCAAAACUUAUAAUAUCCACGAGUCUGGAGCGAAAUGCUGCACAGCACACAGCAUUGCUUGUGCAUGGGUUCAAAGGACGUACGGCGCUUUAUUAGAUUACAAAUCCACCGCCACAGCGCUGUAUAAAAACACUACAGUAGUCACCAGGAACCGAAAGGAUUAUGAACAAGAUGACUUUGGUGAAUAAAAAGAAAAACACUGCCACGGACAUCCGGACAGGAUAAAGGCAAUAACACGGGAGAUCAUGGCGUCCAAGUAAUAACCAUGAUCAUGAGUGGAUCACUGUGCCAGCCUUGCCAGCCACACUUCCUCUGAAAACAGGAUUUGGCGCUUGAAACCUAACACUGUUUUACCUGGAGUGUGUGAAAUAGAUCUGCUGCUUUCAACCAUGCUUGUGUUUGAAGCUGAUUAGAACGCGGUUGUUUUCAGGCAAACUGAUGUCACUGAUGAUGGGGGAUUCUCUGCGCAGUUACGCCUCGCUUGGGCGACUGAACCUCAAAGUUCCGGAGUUUACGGACGGUUUGUCUCGGGAGGAAGAAACUCCUGUGAUACAGCGCAAGUCCAGUGUCCGGUUUCUGGACCAGGUGACGACAAUCAAUGACGACGGUGAGACAGGUGACCAGACGACGGGAGGAGAGGUGACGCCUUUAAGAGACGAGGCGGCCAAUCACAAAUGCUCUUUCGUGGUGGGAGACUCUUACGGGUACAGAGGUAUGGAGGGCGGGAAGAAGGCACCAUCUCAGCGAGAACUGUCUGCGGAUGUUGCCUCCUCCUUGAGGACAGACAGAAGAGAUCGGGAGGCCAGAAUGGAGCAAAACAUCGAAUGGAUUAGGGAUGAAAUCGCCAAGUUGAAGCAACAAGACCAGUCCCUGAUGCGCCAAUUCCUCCAGCUCCGCUCCGUCAUCUACCAGCUCAAGGGCACCGUGACCACGGGCCAGCGCCCCGUGGCCAAACUGCCUCGCAUCGCCGCCUCCGUGGAGUCUUUCUCUCGCUACGAGUCCAACGCCGAGGGCUUGGAUUCCACCGUGAAUAACGACAUGUUCCUGGCCUACGAAGACGGGGACGACCUGUGCGAGCUGGACGAUCAGAUGGCCUUGAUGGAGGACCCGUAUCUACCGGAGUUCCGAGGCAGGACUGUGUCGCUCUUGAACCCGGGAAAUCUGCCCAGGACCAGGGUGGACAGUGGGGGGUUCGGAUACCUGAAAUCACGGACUAUGUCGUUCUCGGUUGGGACUUCGGCGCGGGAGUUGGACCGGGCCAUUGUGGAGUGAGGCUCCUGCUGGUUCCAUGCGGCGAGGAGAAUGGGAGAGCAUCCUAAAUCGUGACCAGCAGAUAGCCAACCAAUAGAUCAAUAAAUGACCUAUGCAUGAUGUUGAAUGUUUAUCAUACAUACUGUUGCCAGCAGAAGAAAGAAUGCCCGUUCAUACAUUUUGAUCAAAUUCCUAAAAUUGGGACAGGUAGGCCUACUGCCAUUGCAACAUUGUUUAGGAUCACUACAAGAACUCUUUAAGAGCAAAGUUAAGACCUUUUUAAAAUCGAUUUCUAACCUUGGUCAUGAGACGCACAUCGUGGCAUAAUUCUGGACGAUUUCCUCGACACACUGCCUUGACUAUGAUUUGACGUCACAAUGACGUCAAAUGGACUAGGGUCUAUAUGAAAACUAAAGCAGUCAGACACGGAAGGUUAAUCGACUGGGAAAAAAUACACAAAUUAAAACUAAUUAUCUGAACUAGUUUCUUUGAUCCUUCCACAAUUAGGUCUAACUGUCGAGGAGCAAUUCUUCUCAGGCCAUUCGGAGAUCAGGGUUGUGUGUAGUAUACUGCAGUUCAUCAUAUGCAUGAUGUAAAGUAUAGUGAUGCUGUCUGUUAUCGAAAUAAAAAUAAUAUAAUUUUAACAGAAUUAAAACAGUCAACUUUUGUGGAAAUUGAAAAAAAAAACAGAUCUGAAGGGACCUAACGGAGAGAAUUGUGUGCUGAUUUGUGCAUGAAAAUUGUAUUCCAACGGCUAUGCAAAUGACCACGCCCAUGCACCUGUUUAUUAUUGUCACCUAGCUGAACACUUAAAUGCUUACUCAAACUCUUUGAGACUUUGAACUUUUUUUUGCAGAAAGUGAUCUGUAAAGUUAUAAUAACUGUAAAGAUUAUAGAGACUCUAACUUCUAUUAAAAAAUAUACAAUAUUAAAUCUGUUUAUGA